AUGAACCGUUGGCUUGACCGUAAGACCAGGAUUCAACUCUUAGUUGAUGCGGCUGUACAAGCUCUACGAUGCAAGGACACAGAAUUGUUCCAGUGCAUCUACCAACAUAUUGAAGAUCGUUCCAGAGAGGCUACGAGCCGUAUAGAAUGGGAAACCCUUCCAACGUUCGGAAUAGUCAAAGAGUUCUUGCACCAGCCUGUGUUGGGAGACCUAGGGGCUUCUACUAUGCAGUGGGACUUUGUGUUCCGUCUGGAGCGCUAUUAUGCUGAAGGAGACUGCUUCUUAUGGAUCAGUCAAUCUCUCCCUGUCUGUGCGGAUAAUGUCGGCGCCGUGUAA